AUGUGCCGAACGGAAGACUGCGUUCGACACGCCGAGCUUCUCGCCAACAUCAUCGCCACCUCGAGCGUGGAUCCCUGCGAAGACUUCGCAGCGUACGUCUGCUCCUCUCCGUCGCGCGCCGGCUUUCUUUCCAGCGAGAACCACCACGCGUCCGCCAUGGACGCAGCAAUCUACAGCUGGUACAGCGGACUCGGAAAAAUGCUACACAUCGGUUCUGCCGCGGUGCCAUUCGGUCGCAAGCCGCUCGAGAUGUACGAGUCCUGUUCAGAAGGCGUUUCGAGGCUCGACUCCGACCCGGUCGAGUUCCUGCGUUUCGUAAACGAGGCGGGGCUAAGUUGGCCCGACGAGCCGCCGAAGGGCGCGGACGCCCUCUCCGUGUUCGUGUCGCACGCUUUUUAUUACGAAGCUCCCUCCUGGUUCUCGGUGGCGAUUUCGGAAUCGACAAAUCGCAGCGACUGGCGACUGGUCUUUUCGCCUAAUCGUCACCUGCCGGGCAUGUUGGAGCAGCACGAACGCGUCUUCAGGAGCGGCUCUCCCGUCCGUCACUACAGAAACAUGUUUCGAGCCAUCGGAGGCGGCGACGUGGGCUCUUGGACCGAAGAGUUCAUCAACGAGACGGCCACGAUGGAGCACGACGUAUUGUGGAAGCUCUUCGGAGCCGUAUCCAGUCCGCGUAAGGUGUCGGCGCUCAUAUCGCUCGAAGAAUUCGACAACUACACCCCCUCGAUUUCCUGCUCGAGCUGGCUGAGGGCGCUGAGGCGAAGCCUCCCGCUGCGUCCGACGUUGACCACCGAGGUGUACCUAACCGACGUGACGUACAUGAAAACCGUAGGCGAGCUUUUUGCCAAGUACGACGACCAACGACUUUUGCGACAUCUUUCUUGGCUUUUCGUGCAACGGUAUGCUGCAGUCGUAAAUGUCAGUGUGCUCGUCGAUCGCUACGCAGACUACGAAGCUCGCCGCCAAUUCUGCGGCUUCAACGUGGAAGUGUCCUACAGCCUGUUACUUUCCGUAAUGUACUUUGUCUCGAGAAUUUCAAACUUCGACAAGGCUUCGAUUGACGCCACCUUCGACUCCCUGAUUGCGGCAGCCAGGCAUUUGGUCAUUAAGUCGAGCUGGCUGGACUCGGAGAGCAAAUUUGUGGCCGCAGAAAAACUAAGGGCCGUUAAAAUGGGCAUCUGGCCCAACAAGGCACUUUCGAAGCCUAAAAUAUUGGAAACCAUCUACGGCGAUUUUCCGGAGGACCAGCGUUCGUUCACCGCUUACUGGACCGAGACCAGAAGGAAACUGCGCGAAGCGAAGCAAGACGUGUUGUACCACCGAUUUGCGGAUCGGCCGAUGAAUGCCGCAGAACCGUACCUGACAUACGAAGCUAUCGCGAACAGCGUACUAAUCGCCAUCGGUGCCGUUGCCAAGCCGCUGUAUUAUAGCAACGGUACAAAAGGCAUGCUCUACGGAGGUAUCGGCUUCUUGAUGACGUUAGAAAUCGUCAAGUCGCUGGACAUCGCUGGUUUGCGCUGGCAUCCGGACGGCAGCGUCGUGGAUUCCAUACUCUCCGAGGCAUCUAUGGAGAAGUUCGAGAUCCGCGACUCUUGCCGCGUUGGAGGAGAGAACGUGAGCGUCUUUCCGGAAGUUCCAGCUUUGGAAGUCGCUUACUCGGCGCUUCAAGAGGCGCUGACGAGAGACCGACGCCGGUUUAGAAUCUCCGAGAACAUCACGGAAGAGAGGGCGUUCUUCUUAACCCUUUGUUUUAUGACGUGUCGCCGGAAACACCUAGUCAGCACUGCCAGAGCCGACUGCAACAAGGCCGUGCGAAAUUUUCCCCUGUUUGCGAAAGCGUUCUCCUGCCCCCUCGGUUCGAACAUGAAUCCGCGCACCAAGUGCAAGUUCUUUGCCUGA